CAAUCGAUAGAAUAAAUUUAGGUUAAGAUAUUUGUGCUGUUGUAUUCGGAGCUUUACAGCAAAACUUUAAACUUUUAAAAAUGGAAAUAAUAAUUCGGACCGAUGGAAAUAAAUAAGAAAUUUUUGUUAUUAAGUGAAUCUCAUUAAAAGUGUGUGUGAGGACAUGUCCAGCAGUGUUUUUAUUGGACUGUGGUAUUUGUGAACAGCAACAAAAUGUCUGACGAGGAAGAUUCUUCCCCUGACUGGGCAUUGGCGCCUACUAAUAAUGUACCAGUUCUAGGUAUAAAGAGGUUAAAGCAGAUAGAGACGAUGUUCGUCUCGCGACGUCUGCAAGGUCCAAGAACUCAGGGACUGAGCGUGGAGACGCUCCUGGACAUGCUGCUUGUGCUGUACGAUGAGUGCUGUAACAGCAGUCUGAGGCGGGAGAAGGCGAUAGCUGACUUUAUACAAUAUGUGAAACCGGUCGCCACAGCUCUGAAGCGGUUACGAUUGUCUCGGGACGAUUUUGAACUCGUCAAAGUGAUAGGACGAGGUGCCUUCGGGGAGGUUUGCGUCGUAAGAGCGUCUUUCAUGCAGGGCACUGACAGUGGAGCUAAUUCGACUGGAAGCACGGUGUCCGCUACAGCAGCGGAUAGAGUGUAUGCUAUGAAGAUAUUGAACAAAUGGGAAAUGCUUAAGAGAGCAGACACGGCGUGUUUCCAAGAAGAACGCGACGUCCUUGUGUUUGGCGAUAGGAGAUGGAUCACCAACUUGCAUUACGCCUUUCAGGACGAACAUAAUUUGUACCUGGUCAUGGACUACUACUGCGGCGGAGACCUGCUGACCCUGCUGUCCAAGUUCGAGGACCGCCUGCCCGAGGAUAUGGCUCGUUUCUACAUCGCGGAGAUGGUGCUCGCCGUGCACAGUGUACACGACUUGCGAUAUGUGCAUCGGGACAUAAAACCGGAUAAUGUGUUACUCGACGCGAGCGGUCACAUACGAUUGGCGGAUUUCGGGUCCUGUCUGCGGUUAGGCGAAGAUGGCAAGGUACAAAGUAAUGUUGCCGUUGGAACGCCGGAUUAUAUAUCGCCUGAAAUUCUAAGGGCGAUGGAAGAUGGUCAAGGGCGCUAUGGUCCAGAGUGUGAUUGGUGGUCAUUAGGCGUCUGCAUGUACGAGAUGCUGUUCGGCGAGACGCCGUUCUACGCGGAGUCGUUGGUGGAGACGUACGGGAAGAUCAUGAACCACGCGCGCUGCUUCCACUGUCCGCCGCCCGACGACCACGCCGCGCAGGUGUCUGAAGAAGCGAAGGAUCUCAUACGAAGGUUGAUAUGUUCCUCUGAAACUAGAUUAGGGCGAAAUGGAUUACAAGAUUUCAAGAGUCACCCGUGGUUCGCCGGCUUGGAUUGGGACAGCGUGAGGGAGAUGCAGGCUCCCUUCGUACCGGACGUGUCCAGUCCAACGGACACGUCGAACUUCGACGUCGACGACACUGACAUCCGGCUGUCGGAGGCCGUCCCGCCGCCGCGCGCGUCCACGGCGUUCUCGGGGCUGCACCUGCCCUUCGUGGGGUUCACGUUCACGGCCGGCUCGCGCCUGUGCGACCUGGGCGCGCCCGCGCCGCUCAGCCCCGCCAAGAACGCCAUCAAGCAGGCGCCGUCGAACGCGAGCGACCGUGCAGCGCUGAAGGCGCUGGAGAGGGAGAACGCGCUGCUCGCGCAGACCAUCGCCGAGCUGCGAGCUGACAGACCCGACGGGGCGGACGAAGACGUAACACGCCUUAAAGAGGAAAUAUCAACGCUCUCGCUUAGAAACGCCGACUUAGAAACACAACUACGGCGUUUCGAACAAGUGAAUUCUACAAUUGGUUCUCAGGAAAUAUCAUCAUCGCCCCAAGAAUUAGCGACGCGCGUCAAAGAGUUGGAGAUCUUGUUAAACGCCAUGAAUAUCGAAAAAGAAGAACUAGUAAAGGAUAAGACUGAUUCCAUAGAGAAGCUACGGUUGCAGGAUAAAGAAUUACAAGAUGCGGUGACGCAACGAAAGCUCGCCAUGACCGAGUACAACGAAGUGACGGAUAAAUUGUCCGAGUUGAGGCAGCAGAAGCAGAAAUUAUCGCGACAGGUCCGCGACAAGGAAGAGGAGCUGGAAGUGGCGAUGAGCAAGAUAGACGCGCUGCGGCAAGACAUCCGGCGAGCGGACAAGGCGCGCCGCGACCUGGAGGCGCGCCUCGACACCGCGCUCGCCGAGGCCACCAAGGAGCGCAAGCUGCGCGAGGAGAGCCUGCGCCUGCAGCGCGUGGAGGCGGGCGAGGCGGGCGGCUCGGCGGCCGACGUCGCCAAGCUGCAGGCCGACAUCGAGGCGCUCGAGUCGCAGUACGCGGAGUCGCUGUCGCAGCAGCAGGCGCGCUUCGCGGCCGAGCUGGCGGCGCUGCGCGACCAGCUGCACGACGCCGACGCGCGCGCCGCCCGCCUCGCCAGGGAGCUGCAAACGUCGAAGGAUAAGUUAGAAAACCGUCGGUUGGAACAGCUAAACGAUAGCGAGGACAAACAAAUGCUCAUCAAUGAGAACAGGAAGCUCGCUAAGGACCUCGAUGCGAUGGCAGAUAACGGUAGAAGAUGGCAAACCGAGAGGCGACAACUUGAGCUGGAGUUGGACGAGUUACGCGCUAAACGAGAUUCCAUGCAGCAUUGGGAGACGCAGAUUGCUGAUAUAAUUCGCUGGGUGUCUGACGAGAAAGAGGCUCGAGGGUAUCUACAAGCACUCGCUACGAAAAUGACUGAAGAAUUAGAUUAUCUUAAACAUGCGAGCGCGGGGCGCGGCGCGCCGUCGUCGCCGGCGGGCGCGGGCGCGGGCGCGGGAGCGGGCGGCUGGCGCAACCGCCGCUCGCAGAAGCUGGACAAGAUGGAGAUCCUCACGCUGCAGUCGUCGCUACACUCCGAGAUACAGGCCAAGCAGGCCGUGGCCGAGGAGCUCAGUCGCACGCGCGCCGAGCUGCUCGCCAGCCAGAGGGAGCUGAUGGAGACCCGCCAGCGUCUCGACACGCUCGCGCACGAUAUGAAGCGAAAGGAACAACACAUACGAGAUAUACAAGCGAAGCUCGAUCAGCCCCAUCAGCCGUCCAACUCCUCGAGGCAAGGCUCGGCUAAAUCGUCGAGCUAUUGGAGCGGCAAAGAAGAGAACGUCCUCGAUCGUCCGCCGUCACAGAUGAGCUACUUGGAGCAAUUUUUGAAGGAAGCGCCGACGGAGAGGCAUUACGAUAAUGUAGCAUCUAUGAACAACGAGCAAAAGAUGUCGCCGCAAUACCGUUACAGAAAUGCCCAGUAUUAUUGCAAUGCAAAGUUGAUGUACGGAUCCCAGCAGUCGACGGUUAUGAGCGGCUCCGCCGAGUCGCAGGACGAGAUGGAACAGCGCGCCGCGUCUCCCAUCUCCUGCAAGAGCUCGCCCAGCGAGAUGUCCACUUACUCAUUACAAGAUCCGACGCUCGGACCGUCGGUGCCGGGGAAGCAGAAGGUUCACCAGUUCCUAGUGAGGACUUUCAGUAGCCCCACAAAGUGCAACCACUGUACGUCGUUAAUGAUCGGGCUGACGCGGCAGGGCGUGGUGUGCGAGACGUGCGGGCUGGCCGUGCACACGCGCUGCUGCGGCCGCGUGGCGCCGCGCUGCCCGCUGCCGCCCGAGCGCUCGCGCCGCCCGCUCGGCAUCGACCCCGCGCGCGGACAGGGCACCGCCUACGAGGGAUACGUCAAGGUUCCGAAGCCAGGUGGCGUCAAGAAAGGAUGGAUGCGUCAGUUCGUCGUGGUUUGCGACUUCAAAUUGUUCCUAUACGAUAUAUCUCAAGAUAGAAACGCGUUACCAUCGGUGUGUGUGAGUCAAGUGUUGGACAUGCGGGACCCGGAGUUCAGUGUGACGUCAGUGAAGGACUCUGACGUCAUACAUGCGAGCAAGCGUGACAUACCGUGCAUAUUUAGGAUAUCGACGUCACAACUCGAAGGCGGGAAGAGGUUCCACACGCUGAUGUUAGCGGAGUCAGAAUCCGAGAAGACGAAAUGGGUGGUCGCGCUCAGCGAGUUACACAGGAUAUUGAAGAGGAACAAUUUACCUGACAAAUAUGUGUACAGCGCGGCGUGCGUGGCGGAGGCGAGCGGCGCGGGCGCGGGCGCGGCGGCCGUGCGCGGCGCCACGUGCGCGUGCGUGCUGGAGGGCGCGCGCGUGUGCGUGGGCGGGGACUUCGGCCUCGCGCUGCUCGACCUGGAGCGCGCCGAGCUCGUGCCGCGCCGCGCGCACGCGCCCGUGCACCGCCUGCGCUACGUGCCGCACGAGCAGCUGCUCGUGGUCAUCGCCGGUCGCGGCCGGAACGUGCGCCUCGUGCCCAUCAGGGCCCUGGAGUGUCCCGAGGCGGAGAGCGUGAAGCUGGCCGAGGCGAAGGGGGCCGUGGACGUCGCCGUCGGCGAGCUCAACUCGUCGUCGUAUGGAUUCGCCGUUGUGUGCAAACGCCAGAACUCGUGGGCCGUGCUGGUGUACGAGAUCACGCGCACGGCGGCGCGGCGGCAGCGCGUGGCCGAGCUGCGGCCCACGGCGCCCGUGCUGAGCGUGCAGCUGCUGCGCGGCCGCCUGCUGCUGGGCUACCGCGGCGGGCUGGUGGCGCACGUGCUGCGCGCGCACGAGCACCCCGCGCCGCCGCCCGCCGCGCUCGUGCACCCCGACAACCAGGUGGGCGUGUUCCUGGCGCACUCGGGGGCGCGGCCGCUGGUGGCGCGGCCCGCCGGCGCCGACUGGCUGCUCGUGUUCAGCGCGCUGGCGCUCUACGUGGACCGCGCCGGCCUGCGCGCGCGCGACACCGAGCUCAUGUACACGGCGCACCCCGUCUACCACGCCAUCAACGACACGCAUCUACUAAUAUUCACGACAUCACACAUCGACAUCUACGAGAUCGAGUCCGGGGAGUGGGUGCAGACUAUUAAUUUACCCAACGCGCGGCCGCUGGACGAGGCGGGCUGGAUCGUGCUGGUGGGCGGCGCCGGCGCGGGCUCGUUCCCCUUCUCGGCCGACGCCGCGCCCUACCUCGUGUACCUGCGCCCGCUGCUCGCGCCUGGUCCCCUAAAUCUGGAGUUGACGUCGUACGGAACGAACAAGCGUCGGUUCUCGGUGCGGGAACAGUCGCACCAAGCGAUAGAGGCCCAUAACAGAUUGUCGGAGCGACGCUCGCGGCUGAUCUCUGCGCCGUCGAACUUCGCGCACGUGUCGCACAUGGGGCCGGGCGACGGCAUCCGCUCGCAGCGCCUGCUCGACCUGCCCACCACGCUGGAGACCGCCGACCGCGACCACCACGACCACCAUCAGAUGUACGGCAGUCGAGACAGCAGCAAGCGGACGUCGCCGCUGACGAUAUCACAUCCCACCGGAUCUUACAACGGCUCGUGGCGCGCGCGCUCGCGGGACGCGCCGCAGGAGGCGCCGCCCUCGCCGCCGCACCGCAUGGAGCGGUCGCUGGGCGGUGGCUCGUGCGGCAGCGGCUCGGCGCUGGAGCGCUGCCUGACGCCGCUCAGCCUCGGCAGCAUGAGCUCGCUGCACGACGUGCUCAAGAUGGGGACAGAUAUGGGUGACGGAGCGCAGUCCGAGGACAGUAGCGGAGCCUCCCCGCCGCACCCCGCGGAGCCCUGAUGAAGCCAGCUGGACACGUAUUGGAAAAUCGAUAUGUCCAGAUUCUACGCUUGUUUCUGUUGAAACAGGAACGCGUUACGCAAUAAACGAUCUUAUGUUAACGAAAUAAGGACGUUAGUAAUUCGUUUACCAUACACCGUGAUAUGUGCAUAAGAGUAUAUAUGAUAAAUAAGACGCUAUGGGUGUUUUAGCUAAGUAAAGGAUAUAUAAUAAGUAUUCGGGAAAAAAUUAACAAUCAAAAUAAUUGCGAAAAAGAUAAAACAAUAAAUUGUUCUCAAAAUGUCUUAUAAAGAUCUUACAUUUAUAAUAAUGAAUGGACAAUAAUGUACAUACUUUAAUAAUUGAACCGAACGCCUACAUGACCCGCGGCUGCGCACAGACUACACACGCACUUUGCACGCAUUUCGUAGAAUUGAUUCGAUAUUCGUGUGGAGUUGUUGGUGGAUCAAGUGUUUUUUUUUUUUUACUUUGAAUGAAUUUAAACGUUAUUGUUUAAGAACGGACGCUGAAGUGUGUAAUCUAUUUAUAAAGUUUUAUAUUAUUUUGAUUAUACUUAAGGUAUACUUGAAUUUUUUUUUUAAAUUAUUUUGCAAAAGAGUUGUACACUAAUUAAUAUUGAUAGCAUUAUUCUCUUGAAAAAGCUAUUAAUUAUGAACUUAAUUUUCUCGCGGGACAUUUAAAACGCCAGCUUUUCGCGUUCAUAGUCUUGGGUCAAGUUGACUUCGCAAUGCCGAGAGAUGGCGCGCGUCGUUGGGGCUCGUGUUUGUGCGCUGAUGUGGGUCGGCUGUUACCUUACCAUGAUAAUAAUAAACGUUUCAAUCAAUGGCGUUGAUCCGAAAAAAUCUUUAUUUGGAAAUACAUAAAACGUAAAUGUACACUAGACAAAAAAUAUAUAAAGGAUGUUUGUAAUGAUCGCUAGCAUAUAAUCCAAUAGCAAUGAUCUCUGCUUCCAUUUACCGUCGCCUAUAUACAAUUAUACGUAUAUUAAUAUUAUAUAGUGUUUAUAUACUAAAUUUUGACUAUUGACUAAGAAGAGGCUAUUUCAAUAGUAUAUAACGUAUGAUACCUUUAACUUAGCUGAGACAUGUAGCCGAUUACAAUGAUAUUGUCAUCGUAAAAACGACCUUAUUAUGUAUUAAACUAAAUAUAUAUCACAACGACAAACAAUUCUUCCAUAGUUACAUUUAAAUUAAAAUCGAAACAUUAAAAACUAACAACGUAACACCAAUAAUAAUAGAAAAAUAUAUAAUAUUAUCAAUUUUAAUCUUAUUAAUACAAGCGUAUUAAAUAUAUUAUCUCUCUCGCACAUUCAUAAUUUAUUAAGCAUGAAAGGGAUGGAAAUAGCUGUAUUAUUAAAUUAAUAAUUCGAACCGUUUUACAACGCACCGCUUAAACAUCUAACAAAUUAUAUUUUAUUAUUUUAAAAGAAUAGUUUUUUUUAUAUAUAAAAAUAACGAUAUAAUUAGUUUUUUUUUAGAUAUUUUGAUUUGACUUCAUAUAAAGAAUAAUCGAUCUCGUAGAUAGAAUGCUUGGACCGUUAGAAUGCAAUUGCUUUUUACAUACUCUAAGGGCGUUAUCACACUAAUCCAUCAAUCAUUGAUGACAUCCGCUUCCCAUCAGUAUUACUGUAAAUAUAUCAAUGAUUUGGUACAUAAUAUUGUAGUAAAUAUCAAUCGACGUUUAUUGCAUUCUACCAUCGAUUCGUGUGGUAACAUCCAUAAUGAAUUUGCCAGCAUUUGUCCAAGACGUACAGAUAAAAAAUAGUUCGUAUUAUCAAUUAUGUAAAGUUCAAAUUAAUACGCGUUAUUUACUCUCACAACUGUUUCCUGUAUUGGAUUUUAUAUAUUUAAACAUAUGUAUAUUUAUACAUUUACAAGUGUAAAUUUGAAACACGUUAUAUAUAAAGUUUGGUUCCUAAAUAUAUAUAUAUAUGUAAAAAGUUUGCAAUAAAAAUAUAAUGACAUUAUUAUAUAAUAAUCUCGGGGUAAAAAUGUACCCCCAAAAAGUACCAAGUCAUGGGAUACAUUAAUUGAAUCCACUUAUGCUAUAAUAUAUUAAUACUCAUAUAUAAAACUGUAUAUUAUAUAUAAAACUAAUAAAUGCAUGUGUCAGAUGAAAUUUUGUUACAUGGUUCAACCAUUAACACUCAUUGAAGCAGAGUGGCUCCAUCGUCUGCUUAUUUAAAAUAAAGAAACUUUAUUUGGGGUGUAUUGUGGCAUAACUGCAUUCAAGGGUGUAUUUGAAACCACUUUUGGCUGUAACGGUAUAUAUGUAAUACAAAAAUACCUUCCAUUAUAAGAUAAUAAUAUUUAGUAGUUAGUAUUUUAAAUAACAUUUAACCCAAAGUGGCUUGUAGGUCAAUUAAUAACAAUAUUGCAAGUUUAUUGUACCGAUAUUGAUAAUGUUUAUCGGGAUAAAUUAAACGCACGAUAACAUCCCUCGUAUCGUUGAAUCAACAACAAAAUUAUUCUAUUCCAAUACGUUCGACCAUAGAGUUAAGAAAGACAUACAAGGCAAUCAAUUUUGUUUCAAUAUUACAAAGUUCUCGUGUCGUGACUAGAAUAUAUGUGCAUUUGAUUUGAUAUGCUUUAAGAAUACAAGUGAAACUUCUUUGGUCGCUUUGAAAGCUUACAAAGGCGCCUCACUUCAAUAUUGAAGCUUUUGAAUAAGAAACAUUUAAAGAAGUUUUACUUCUUCGCUCGCCGAUUUGCAAGCGCUGUUUUUAUUAUUAUUUCAAUGAUUUAAACAAACAUGAUCUAUGGCACGUAUAAUUACAUACCCACGCUUUAUUAAAUAAUAUGAGUAGAAUAUAAGUUUUAACCAAAACUAUUUAUUUAGCUUCUGAAAAUUUAUAAGGCUAUAAAAUACUCUGAGGUCGUCGUUUAUAGUUCUACCAUUAAUGCACCGCCGAUUAAUGUUUAGAAAUUAGUUUAAAUUCAAAAUGACGCCUCGAACGUUAGGUUACAAGUGGCAAUUUAUUCUUAAUAUUUACAUUAGUUCUGUUGGUCUGUUUCGUUUACUUAAACUCGAUAAAAUAUAUAUAAACAAAAUCCUUUGUUCGCUUCUUGAAUUCUCUUAAAAUCUGGGUUGCCAAAAAUAAUUUUAAAUUACUUGCGAUUUGACUAGCGUUUCAUUUAUUUUUUAUCAACGGCAAUCUUGUGAUAGCUAGGGACGCUAGAGUUGAAAUAAUAACCUAAUCACUGCCAAAAUAUGUUUUUAUUGAGUGCUACACUAGGCACUCGACUACACGUGUGGUAAGUAAAUAUGACCAAUUUACGUAAUAAUAAUAAUUAACUUAAUAAUUACUUAUGACUUUUUACUUAUUUCAUUAACAGACCUAAUCCUAGGUUUUUUCUUUUUAAAUUAAAUACACAAAGUAUUUUAAUUGCCUAGCGCUUUUUUUUAAAUUAAAAUAAAUAUUAGUAACCAUUUUUUUAAUGUAAUAAUUUAGUUAAUGUAUUUUUUUUCUCAUCGCGAUUGUGAAUUUUUAGUGUUAAGUAGAAAUGUAAUUAAUUAUUAAUGAUCUAGUCUUUUUGUUUGAUUGUUUUAUUUUUGUGACGUCGAAUAUUCGACUGUGUAUCGUAUUUAAGGAUUACUUUAGUAUCUUUUAGACGAAUGAGAUUUUUUUUUAGAUUAAAAUGUAUAAUAUUCUCUAUAUUUUUUUUUAACAAAUGUGACGCUUUCUCAAGCUUCGUUUUAAAUUUAAGCUAAAAAUUAUAAUCAAUUCUCGCGCGUUGACAAUGAACGCAUCCAAAGAUCUGUCUUAUUUAUCGACGACGUAUUAAUUAGUGACGUAAGAUUAUAUUUUUUUUUUUAUUUGUACAAGAACUGAUUCGUAUCAUAAUGUGAAUAAUAUCUUAUUGGUAAUAAAAUUAUUCGAGAAUUUCAAUGACACAUUCCGCUCAUUAAUGUCUUAAUGAAAGAUCUGAUAUGAUGGAUCUGAUACGUAUCUGAAAAAAGUAUUUAAUAAAAGAAUGUGUUGUAUGCGUAUACCACGUUUUACGUUACAAAAGUCGGUUUGACUAAUAAUUGGCAUAAUAUGAACCUAAUAACCCGAAAAAAAUUAAUCUAAAUUGUUACUAGUAUAAGUAUAAAAAGAAACCGUAUUGUUAAAGUAUUUCAAAAGGUUCUCGCGGGCGUUAUCGUAUAGACGUAGAUUUUGCUAAAUUUCAGAUAUUUUUAAUAAAAGUAAACUUAUGCAUUUUAUAUACGUGAUUAGAAUUUAAUUACGUGAUUGAAAUUGUAUACUAUCGUUAUAUUUAAUGUUAAGGGGACAAAAUGUAGACAUGCAGUUGAAUUAUAACAAUGAUAAUGAAGUUUAUACACCGAAGAUGAAAAUUAUAAUGCAAGUGCGUAGCUAGGAUUAAUUGCGUUAAAGGAAUUGGGCGAAAGAAAAUUAAAUAAAAAGUACCUGUAUUAUAUAUUGAUUUUCGGUUACCUAUUAUAACAUCCCACGCGGUUCGAGCUGAAGCAUCAUCCUGGCUACCACCUUGAAUUAAUGAACUCGUUCAAUUUGUAUGUCUGUGUGUUGACUCACAUUCUAUAUGAAUCAUUCACGAAUAAUCGUCACUCGUUCUAUAUCACAGAAUGGAUAUUAUUUACUUAUGUUUUAUAUAUAAAUGUAUUUCUACUUGAAUGUAUUCAAUUUGAAAAUUUAAAUAUUAUAAUGUGAUUGUAAUGUAUAGUUUUGUUUACAAACAUUGAAUCUUUUUUUUUUGUAUAAAAAAAUUUUUUUUUUAAUAAAUAAAUAAUUUUCAAUUGUCAUCAUGACUAUUCAAAAAAAAAAUACUAUUUUUUGUUUUUAAAUUAAAUUGUAAUGGAAUUUUUAUACUUCUGAAUAUAUUAAAUACUUUAUUUCCUUUAAAAUAAAAUAUGUAUAAGUAAAUAAUGUCCAUUUAUUUCAAUAGUAUUAUAUUAAAACGCUUCUCGGAUCACAGUUACUGCUUUAACUGAUGCUUGCGACUUAGUAACAAUAUGUAUUUAAUUAUACACAAAUAUUUAUACAGUCUAAUACGUAUAAUUAUGUUGGUUAUAUGCUUAAAUAUAUGUAAAAAAUAUAGUUCCGUUGCAUGAGAUAUGAGCACCUAUAUAAUUGUAUUUGCUGACGAAAAACUAGUAGAUUUAUAAAAAAAAAAAUAUUGAAAUAAUCUUCCUUGUAUUAAGUCUUGUACCCGCUAUUAUAAUUUUUAUGUAAAUCUAAAUUAUUGACUAAUAUUAAAUUGCAAUUACGUGAAAUUAUAUCAAUACUUAAUUAUUUCAUGUAAAUAUCUGAAUAAAGAAAAUCGAAUUA